GACCCUCUCUGUUCACCGUCCGCGCAGCCUCCCGAAGCAAUCGUAAGCUCCGCCCCCUGCGCUCCGGACGGCGCGAAAACCCAAUUGACAAGAACUCUCUCCGAAGCCCGCGGGUCUGAUCUGCGUUGGGCCCGCUUUCCCAGCCGGGGUCACAGUCCCCGGCGCUCAGCCUGGGGCGCCCGCGUCGGGAGCACCCCGCGCUCGCCGGCCGCAUCCCAGAGUCCUCGCUGCCCGCGCUUUCUUACCGCCUCUUCCCGCGUCCGACUCGGCUGAGCUGGGCCCAGCCUCCGCGACCGUUCCAUCCCGGUGGGCGCGGGGGAGUCGGAGACGGACCCCGCGGCCCGGCUGCUCCCUCGGCGGGAGCCGGCCGCCUCCAUGGCCUCCAGGCUGGCGGGGCUCGGCCGCACAACGCCCUAGGAGCCGGCAUUCCGGGAAGCUGGGAGCAUGGUGGGGGUCCUGGCCAUGGCGGCGGCAGCUGCUCCCCCUCCGGUGAAGGACUACGAGAUUGAGGCAUGCAAAAAGCGAAGGAAAGAUGAUGACAGAUCUUCCUGCAAAACGAUUACAAAAUAUUUAUCACCAAUAGGGAAGACUGGAGACAGUGUUUUCUCUUCACCAAAAUCCAGUAAUAUUCUGGAUUAUUUUAGAAAGACUUCCCCCACAAAUGAGAAGAUACAAUCAGCAAAAGAGUGCAAGAUAAAGUCAUCUGCACCAUUGCCUGCUGACAGUGGCAAAGACUGUAAAACACCUUUGGAAGUGUUCUCAAAUCUAGAGUUUAAGAAGAGAGGAAAAAGAGUUAAUUUAUCUCAUCGACUAAAUAGUGUUAAAACUGAAAAUGAAUCUCCAAUUAAAAUUAGUAGUGAUAGCAAAGAAGACACUAGUCUAAAUAAUGAUUUUGUAGAAAGUAGUACUUCUGUUUUACUCUGCAAGAAUCAUGUGGAGGUACUUGCAGAAAGUAUUCAAGAUAAAAAACACUCAAGCACUAUGACCUCCAUAAAAAGCUCUAAGAAAGUGAAUCCUAAACAAAGGAUCACAAAAAAUGAUUGCAAAAAAAUGAGAAAAAGGAAGUACAGGGAUAUAAUAGAUCUAUCUGAAAGCAUACCAUUGGCUGAGGAGCUAAAUCUCCAUCAAAAAGAUGGUAAAGAUAGGGAACAGAUAACCCCUUCCCUAACUAAUGAGAUCGAGAGUACUGCAAAUGACUCCAGAGGUGGUAUAACUAAAACAGCCCACUUAAAUGAUAGUACAAUUACUGUCUCCUAUGAGGAAUUUUUAAAAAGUCACAAGGAAAAUAAAGCAGAACACAUACCAGACUCUACAAUGUCUAUUUGUAUUCCCUCUGAAACUGUUGAAGAUAUGGUCAAAAGUGGUUGUAUAAGUGACCCAGGAACCUGUGAAAUUUCCCAACAUGUACGCUAUAAGACAGUUACUGUUCUUGCACAAGUUCACCCUAUUCCCCCCAGAAAGACAAGGAAAAUACCCUCCAUUUUCUUGAAACAGAAGCAGUUGGAAAUGGAAAAUAGUUUGUCUGAUCCUGAGAAUGAGCAGACUGUUCAGAAAAGAAAAUCUAACGUUGUCAUACAGGAGGAAGAGUUAGAAUUGGCAGUGCUGGAAGCUGGAAAUGCUGAGGCUGUGAAACCGAAAUGCACCCUAGAAGAAAGACAGCAGUUUAUGAAAGCAUUUAGGCAGCCGGCAUCUGAUGCACUUAAAAAUGGAGUCAGAAAGUCUUCUGAGAAGCAGAAAGAGCUCAAUGAAAAAUCUUUAAACGAGGAAGGAAGACACAAUAAUUCUAAAAAAAUCACGGAAAAUCCUAACAUUCAGGUGGUUUCACAUGAUGGCAGUUCACCGUCACACACUGAGAAAGGAAAAUUUCCUAACGAGAAAAGUAAAAAGCUGAAGAAAAAGGAUAAGAAAAUGUUAGGUACUGGUACUACCCCAGGUGAAAAUAGACAGGGAAAUAUUCAAAAGAAAGCAGCAACUUUUUCCUUUAGAGAUAAACAGAAUCCAAAUAGACUUAGAAUGAGUUUAAGACAAAAGAAAACAGAAGUUUUCAAAAACAGCACAUUAUUUAACAGUGAAAGUCUUAUUUGUAAAGAUUUAGUAAAUGAUGACCCUGUAAAGAUUUCCUCUCCGUGUAACAAGAAGUCUUCAAGAAAAACCAGCAUACCAGUUAAGGAUAAGGUGAUACAUUCUAAAGCUGAAACUGAAGACAGUUUGGUAAAUGUUUCCAUACCCAAGCCAACCAGAAGAUCUGUAAGAACCAGCAGCACACCUACUACAAUAGUCCUUAGCGGUACCGAUUCUGAAGAUGGCAGUCCAGCAAAGGCUUCCACUCCAAAAGCAGCCAACUUACUAGAAAAGCAUAGUUUAUAUACAGCAGAAUUAAUAACAGUACUUUCUGACUCAGAGAGCCCUAUUAGAAUGAAAUUCACCAGAAUUAGUACUCCUAAGAAAUCCAAGAAAAAAUCUAAGAGAAGAUGUGAGAAAUCUGAAGCAACUGAUGGAGAUUUUACUUCUCAGACUAGAAAGGCAAGCAGUGCUUCCAAAAAUGUAUCUAAAGCAAAACAAUUGAUUGAAAAAGCAAAAGCUUUACACAUUAGUAGGUCAAAAGCUACUGAAGAAAUAGUGACACCCUUGAGACGUUCAUCUAGACAUCAGACACUUCCUGAAAGGAAGCAAUCGUCAGAAACAGAAGACUCUGUAAUAAUAAUCGAUUCAAAUCGUACUUCUUUAAAGCAUCCUGAGAAAAAUCAGAAGAAACUUCAGUGUCUGAAUGAUGUGCUAGGAAAAAAACUAAACAAGACUCCUAAAAAUGUACCUGGGAAAAUGAAAGUUGCUCCUUUAUUUCUUACCAGAAAGGCUCAAAAAACAGCUGAUCCUAUUCUUGGUUUUGAUGAAAGCAGUCAAGAUACAUCCGAAAAGUCUCAGGAUUAUGAUGUGCAGUUUAAAGCAAAGCGUGACUGUGCUCGCUUCGGCAGCACAUAUACUAAAGCAAAGCGUGACUUUCUAAUGAGUGGGUUGCCGGAUUUGCUGAAACGACAGAUCGCAAAGAAAGCUGCUGCAUUAGAUGUGUACAGUGCAGCGAGUGCUGGUUUCCAGAGAGUCGUCCAUGUACGACAAAGAGAUGAUGGAUCCCAUUUGUGGCAUUUGAAACCACCUACUUGCUCUCUCUUAACCAAACUUAAAGAACUGAAUACUAAAGUACUAGAUCUCUCAAAAUGUGUUCUUGCUCUUGGUGAAUUUUCAACAUUGAAUUCAAGUUCUAAAAGUACUAAGUCUGCUGUUGGGCUUGUGGAGAGAAGGAAAGAUUUGACUGAAGAAGUAAGAAAUCUUUUGCUGCAGGAAAUUAGGUGGUCAAAUCCUGAAUUUUCUUUGAGGAAAUAUUUUUCUUUGCUUCUAAAAAAACGAAGUGAGCACCAGGUGCUUUCUGAGUGUCAUCGUAAACAAGAAAGUCCACAACGAGAGCCCAGUGUCAACCAAAAAGAAAGCAAAAGGAAACGAGUGGAAACGGAAAUUCAUAAGUCAAAAAGAAAAAAACCAAAUGAGUAUUCACAAAGUCCAAAAAAGAUAAAUGGGAAACCAGAAGAGCUUGACAAAAGAAACAGCUCCACUGGGAUAAAGCUAGAUUCUUGUAAAGGCCUUCUUUCUAAAACAUCCAGGAAGAAACAAACUGCCUUGAGUACAACAUGUAAAGUAGAAACAGAAGCAGUUGAAGAUCCUGAUGUUCUGAUAAUAGAUGAUGGCAAAGAGUCUUCCUCAGAAAGCUCUCCUGUUCCUGAUUCUGGAACUGAAGACAUGCUUUGGACAGAAAAGUAUCAACCUCAGAACUCCAGUGAAGUCAUAGGCAAUGAGCUAGCUAUAAAAAAGUUACAUAGUUGGUUGAAAGACUGGAAGAGAAGAGCUGAAUUGGAAGAAAAACAAAAUUUGAAGGGAAAAAAAGACGAGAAACAGGAAGAUCUGUCGGACAGCAUAGAUUUUAAAGGCAGUUCAGAUGACGAAGAGACUCGCCUUUGCAAUACUGUUCUUAUAACAGGGCCAACAGGAGUGGGAAAAACGGCGGCAGUGUAUGCUUGUGCUCAGGAGCUUGGAUUCAAGAUAUUUGAAGUCAAUGCGUCUUCUCAGCGCAGUGGUAGACAAAUUCUAUCUCAACUGAAGGAAGCUACUCAGUCCCAUCAAGUGGACAAGCAAGGUGUAAACUCUCAAAAACCUUGUUUUUUUAAUAGUUACAACCUAGGCAAGUCACCAAAAAAAUUAAGCUCCCCUAAGAAAGUUGUUACAUCACCAAGGAAACUUCCUCCACCGUCACCACAAACUAGCGUACCAAAGCGAACACUUCCACCUAAAACUUUGGCAAAUUAUUUUAAAGUGUCUUCCAAGCCAAAAAAUAAUGAAGAAGUAGUACUUCCGGAAAAUAAUAAAGGAAUAAAAAAUUCUUGUGAACAAAAACCAAUUAUUCAGACUAAAUCUACAAAGACAACUAAGUCAAAUGUCAAAGAAUUUGGAGCUGAGGAACCCAACAGGAAAAAUGCAACAUCUCUCAUUCUUUUUGAGGAGGUUGAUGUUAUUUUUGAAGAAGAUGCUGGGUUUUUGAAUGCAAUCAAAACGUUCAUGGCAACAACUAAAAGACCUGUGAUCCUUACUACUAGUGAUCCAACAUUUAGUUUAAUGUUUGAUGGCUGCUUUGAAGAAAUUAAUUUCAGUACUCCUUCGCUUCUAAAUGUUGCCAGCUACCUACAGAUGAUCUGCUUGGCUGAGAACUUUAGAACUGAUGUGAAGGACUUUGUAACAUUGUUAACUGCAAAUACUUGUGAUAUCAGAAAAAGUAUCCUUUACUUACAAUUCUGGAUUAGAAGUGGAGGUGGAUUUUUAGAAGAAAGGCCAUUAUCCCUUUGUCGAGGAACUAGCAGAAACAUUCAACUUGUUUGCUCUGAAGAUGGCCCUGAUUCCAAAAAUAAACCUAAAAAUACUAAAAGGAGUCCUAUAGACCUUCCCAAAUGUGACACUGGCUGUGUUGAGACCUUGUUUGGCCUUAAGAACAUUUUUUCCCCAUCUGAAGAUUUAUUUUCAUUUCUAAAGCACAAAGUCAGAACAAAGGAAGAAUGGCAUCAGUUCAUCCAGCUUCUUACAGAAUUCCGAAUGCAGAAUGUAGAUUUCUUAUAUAGUAAUCUUGAGUUCAUUCUACCACUACCUGUUAGGAUCAUUCCAGAAACAGAAAACUUUGGUGGUGCAUCAGUAAGUGUGGACACUAGUGCAGCAACAAAAAAUAUGAAAUGUCUUGCUAGGAAACAUUCUGAAGGAGAGAAGCCAUCGAAAAAGCCACAAAAAAAGAAACAAAAGAAAAAGAUGGUAACUCUAGAUGAUAGUGACUUAUUUGACACUGAAUUGGACUUCUCUAAUGAAUUUCUUAGUCUUUCCCCUGCACCUUCCUCCUCAAAUUCAGAAGAAAGCAAAGCGAGAGACAAAGAAAGGAAUCCAGAGACAAAGAAACUGAACAAAUGUUUAGAGUCUAACAUGGAAUCUAUUCCUUGUUCUCCUAAAACACCAGCAGAAGAGAAAUGUUCUGCCCUUGUUUCUCACUGUUUAAAUUCUCUCACUGAGUUCAUGGAUAACAUGUCCUUCUUAGAUGCUCUUUUAACUGAUGUAGGAGAACAAAAGGAAUUUGGUCAAAAUGACUUCAGUUGGACAAAUGUGAAAAGCGGACUUUGUGAUGAGUUUAGUCUGGAGGCCAGUGAUGGAUGGACUUCUCAGAGCUCUGGAGAAUUAAAGGCAGCUGUAGAAGCUCUCAGCUUUACUAAAUGUUCGUCUACUAUUUCAAAAGCACUGGAAACCUCCUUGAAUUCUUGCAAGAAAUCAGGAAGAGAUCCAACGAAAGAGCUUACUCUUUAUGUUUCACAGAAGCGCAGCAAUGUAUACUUUAGUCAGUCAGCAACUAAUUUAGAUGCCUGGAAGAGGAUAGCAGUCAUUAAAAGUGUAUUUUCUAGCCGAUCCCUUCUGAACCUGGGUAACAGACAAGCUAGUAUAAUUGAGUACUUGCCAACUCUUCGGAACAUUUGUAGGACUGAGAAGCUAAAAGAACAAGGAAAAAGUAAAAGAAGGUUCCUACACUAUCUUGAAGGUAUUCAUCUUAACAUUUCGAAAGAGACUGUGAACACUUUGGCAGCUGGCUUCCCUUAAUAUUCCACAUUAACAAUGCCUUGUACAGAUUAUUAUGUGUUCCUCAAGAUACAUUUUUAUACUGAUUUUCAUGGAAGAAUUUCUUUCUCUUAAUGUACAUUUAAAAGAGAUUAUUUGUAUUUUUUUAAUUAGUGUGCAAAUAUUUAAAAUGAAAAAUUUUGAGUUAUAAAUUGUAUUUAUGAUUGUGGUGGUAUUUUUUUUUCUGAAUUUUUUUGGUAUUAUUUGACUUAGCUUUGUUGUAUUAUUGCAUGUGAGCGAGCUGUUUCUAGAAGGUAGAAUUCACUAUAUUUCUAAAGAUGUUUCACUGUUAAAUUAAUCCAUAAUUUUUCUCUUUCCUGUUACCUUUAAUCCACUUCUCUCCAACCCAACUGUCAGUACUCUGUCAAGUUGUAUAUAUGAAUCAUCUAGGGUGGUAAUCUAGUUAACACAGUACAAAAUUAUGUAAUACAUGAGAACUUCCUAGGGAAGAAAUUAUAUUUCAUUUUUCAAAAAGUACCAUCUUCCUGAUAAAUUUAUUUUUAGUGUAUUCCUCCAGCACAUAUUGCCAUUGAAUCAUUGAAUGUUGACAAAGGGAAAACAAAAUUAUGAACUGUCGUUUUCAUAAAUCUUUUUUAGCAACCAUUCAUAUGUGAUUGCUUGUACAUUUUGCCAACUCACAUCAUUUGCCUUGUACAUUUUUCUUGUACUUUUAUAUCAGCGAUGUUUUAUUUCAUAAAGAUAUUAAUGAUGUUAAUAUAUCUAUUUUGGACAAACUGCUAUUCAUUAAAAUUGUAACAGA